CUUUUCCCCCCACCGCAGAUGCAAGUUUGCUACGUCAGAUUUACAUAUCUAGACUAUUAUUCUUGGUCGACUGCCUUUAACCAAUCACAAUAAUUAUGGCUACUACAAACCAGAGCGCACAGUUCAGAGAGCCACCAGUCGGAGCUCUUCCUGAAGCCACUAGCACCUUUUCAUCGCAAUCCGACGUUAGUGCUCAAUUUCAAGAGCCAGUCACCUCCCACUCUUCUACCGACUCGUCCACGAUAGAUGAUUCUAUCAACGAUGGUCCUGAACAACAUAAACCCUUAGGUGAAAAGAUCAAGAACGUGUUGAAGAAACCUUUUUCGUCGUCAUCAUCGACAUCAGGCAGUUCAAACAAGCUCGGGGAACAGGAGAUUACGUCUCCUGAGAUGGAGGCUGCAAAAGAAGUGCUUACGGCCAAGGACUUGAGGUCGCCAUAGUAGUGGUGGGGGUGAACACAGCCAAACGAGAUGCACUAUUUUGUGGAUGCAGGUACAUGUGGGUCCAGCUGCAGAGUGCUAUGGUGUCUCAUUUUACUUUCUUUUUCUUCUCUUUUUCAAUAGCGUGGUACCAAUCAGGAAGCAAAUAAAUUGUAUCAUUUUCCGAGCUGGCGUAUUGUGAAAAGCAAAACUACUCGGACUCCUGUGGCGGUCUUGGUUGAUUAUUCAGGUCAGGUCUACUUUGCAAUACAUCCCCUCAGCUGAUAG